UCAGACCAGCAGUGGUGUGGAGCAGGGAGAGUCCAUGAGCUGUGGUGGAAAGUGAGGAACUGUGAGCCAUGCUUCACAGGCUCUGUGAAAGCCCCUCACCAGGAGGGCACCACCACCACUACUACUGAGAACCUCAGAACUUGCGGUGGAUGUCCACUUGAUGGUCCCAGCCCAUCUCUUCAAGAUGCCCAGGUGAGACCCAUAUGUUCCACCUAACUCUCCAUCCCACCAUCCCCUCUAGAGAAGGUGAUCUCCAACAUGAGGUCCUUACUCCUUAUACUUCAUCUGCUGGCGGCCUUUUCCUUGUUCCUAGAGGGUACCUUGGGGAAACCCUUUGUCCAGCUGGUCCACACUUAUAACUCCACCUGCCUUGAUGUCAAAGCGAUACCUGCCUGCUUUGGGUUGGCCUUCUUGCCAAAGCAUUUCACAGGUUACCUCGUCGAGGCAGUGCCCGCGAAUGCCUGCCAGCCCAUACAAGCGCCUCCAGCCUUCCAAAGGCCUCUGGAACGCUUCAUUGUGCUCAUUCAGCGGUAUGACUGCUCCUUUGCUACGAAGGUCCUCCAUGCCCAGGAAGCCGGGUACCGGGCUGCUAUUGUCCAUAACAUCAACUCGGAUUUUCUGGUGAGCAUGGCCGAGGAGGUGGAAGAGAUGAGAGCACAGGUCUUCAUUCCGUCGCUCUUUAUUGGGCAGUCUGACGCCAAGCUUCUGAAAAAGGUGCUCCAUUCUGAAAACAGGACCAGGAUCACAGCUGUGGUGCCUUGGGAUUAUCAUAACCCCUGUUGGGACGAUGCAGAUAUCUCCUUUUGGGACCCCGCUCGGCAUCACCUACAGGUCUGGCCAGGUUACUGCACCCAAGAGAAGAUCAGCGAAUUCCUCCAGAAGUAUGGACUGGUGUUCCUCGUAAGCAUGGUGAUGGUGGUCCUGAUAGCUGCCAGUUUCGUGAAAUGGUGCCGGAGAAAACGGGGGAUCAGGAUGAAAACCUUCAAGAGAGGUGAUGCGUAUGACCUGUGUGUGAUCUGCAUGGUGGAAUAUGAAGAAGGGGAUAGGCUGGAGAUCCUUCCUUGCACGCACGCCUACCACCACAUGUGCAUCAACACGUGGUUUCUGACCCAGCCCAGGGCUGAGAGGACCUGUCCCAUUUGCAAACAGAAAGUCAGCCCUGCAACCUAGGGAUGGGAUGAGGAGCUGCGGGAGGAGCAGGAGGAGGAGGGUCAAAAAGAGAAAGAAGGAUACCCUGGAAGCUGACCUGGAAAAUCAUAAGCAACAACAUUCUCCUGAACGCCACCUCUUGUCCCCUUGGUUUUAUUGGGGUUCUGUGUUUCAUUCUCAGCUCUGGGUGAAAGUGGUCAGGGAUUUCUCCCCACCCCCCACUGGAAAUAAAAUUCAUGACUCUUGGAA